GUUAUUGAUGAUCAAUAAUUAUAUAGACUUUGGCGUCUUGGAAAUAUUGUAACAUUCUCAAUUUAAAUUUCAUACUCAUUAACACAAAUUUUUUAUUUUGGAAAUCUUACUUUAAAAAUCUUCUUUGAAGGCGGUCUUCUCAAACGUCUGUGAUCCAAAGGGAAUUAUUUUACAACUUCAGUAGAUCUUCGAAACUGAUCCAGAACGAUCAAUUUCUAAAAAAAAGGAAGCUUUAUACUAAACUUCAACGACUCAGGAGGUCCAGACGCAUCCCAGACGACAAACACCUUUAGAGGAGUGACACAGUACAGGUCCUCUCUCCUCGUAGAUGCAUUGGCUGAAGUUGUGCCACUAUAACAGAGCGGCCGAUGAAAAGGGCGGAUCGCCCAGCGCUGAUUCGCAGUUCGCUCCCGGGGGAGUGUCUGUUCAACUUAGCGGUGCAGAAACGGAAAAGUGUCCCCGACAUCCAUCACAUCAGUGAUUCAGAGCGGAGUAGACAGACCCUAAAGGAUGCAUUCAGCUGCUCUUCGGCUUCUCAGUGGACUCGUUCCGCUCCUAGCGGGACAGUCCUUCAGAGGGUGAGGGGGCCACCGGUGGGCUGCCUUCACAAGGCUGAACUCGAGAAUAGGUAAGACGUGGGCUGAAUAUCUGUCAAAACACAAAAAGAACAGGCAUGAUCGCCGUCCUUCUGGGUGCGCUGUGGCUCGCAGCACUGGCAGCCGCUCAGAAUGACACGGAGCCCAUCAUGCUGGAAGGGAAAUGCCUGGUGGUGUGUGACUCCAACCCAACGUCGGAUGUGACUGGGACGUCCCUUGGAAUAUCGGUCCGCUCUGGAGGGGCAAAAGUGGCUUUCUCUGCCGUGAGGAACACCAACCACGAACCGUCGGAGAUGAGUAACCGGACCAUGGUCAUCUACUUCGACCAGAUUCUGGUGAAUGUGGGCAAAAAUUUCGACGAAGAAAAGAGCAAUUUCAUCGCUCCACGCAAGGGGAUAUACAGCUUUAAUUUCCACGUAGUGAAAGUGUACAACCGACAGACCAUACAGGUGAGUUUGAUGCACAACGGCUGGCCGGUUAUCUCCGCUUUCGCGGGCGAUCAGGACGUGACCCGUGAGGCCGCCAGCAAUGGUGUGCUGAUCGCCAUGGAGAAGGGAGACAGCGCGUACCUCAAGCUGGAGCGCGGAAACCUGAUGGGCGGAUGGAAGUACUCUACCUUCUCUGGCUUCAUGGUCUUUCCCAUGUAGGCCCAGCCUCUGUAGUGGAAGAGCAGAGCUGUUUGGUUUUCUAAUGUGUGUAAUCGUGGACUGGUGAGCCUGUUCUCUGGUCACUGUCUCCUAACACUGGAGACAGAUGAGAGCCUAGGCCCAUUCAUAGAAGCGUGUGUCUAUCCUAGAGACUGUCCCUGUGGUCAUUCGCGCUGCACCAGACCAGUGUAUCGGUAUCCUUUGCAUCCUGACAUUUCAGGGAGCAGCCAUGAGUCCUUUUCUAAGGAAUUAAACAUUUUUCGCUGUGUUUCUUGUUUGCUGGCAGGAAGCUGAAUUGGUGUAUUUAUAGAGUGGUGACCUUUUGCUAAGAGGCCUGUGAUCAAAUCCAGCUGGUUAAGCCUGUGUGCCUCUUUCCCUCUGUUUAUGUACCGUGUGUUCAAUAAGCUGAAAAGUCCAGAAAAAAUGCUAUGGAACAUUAUUACAUUAUCUGUAAAAUAGAUGUGAAUAUUUAAAUUAGAUUUCUUUCAUUUUUUUUGCCCUAAUCCAAUAAAAUUGAAAAGGGAUUUUUGUGAUCGCUGGCACAACGCUGUGCGGUCCUGUGCGUACAUCUAUCCCUGCCACUGAACACACUUUGUGGCUGCAUCAUGUGCGUCUGUCAGAGUCCAUGAUUUCAACAGAGUACUGUGCUAGUGGCCUGCAUCAGUAUGUGUUCAUGUUAUACCCCUGAAGGGGGCGUCAGAGGGGCAUGGGUACCCUAGCAGAUUCAGUUUGGGGUGGAGGGGGGGUAGCACUUGAUAGGGGCUUUUGAAUACGUAAAAUCGCAUACGGGAGAUCACGCCUUCCUGGUGUUCCUGUCCUCUGAUCUUUGGAGCAAAUUCUUGAUGCCACGUAGGAGUUCUGUCCAGGACUCGUUUUCAGAAUCUCUGUAAGGGACAGUUUGGUCCUCGAAGUGAAAUCUGACCUUGGUGUCUCAGGGAGGAGAUGAGCUCCAAGCUCAUCUCCACUCCUCAGGGCAGUAAUCAGUCCGGGUUGAAGGAGUGGACAGAUGGCGGCUCUAGGUGGGCUGUGGAGAAGGAUUUUCCGAAAGUGUUAAGCACUCACCCUCUCUGCUGGAGGAAUAGCUGGGAGAUUUGUAGCUGCUUAUUGUUAAUCAGAAAUGCUCCAGUGAAUUUUCUGCCGUAAUUCUGUCAGUGUUCCUAUUUGAACGAGGUCAUUUUGGCCAAAAGAACUGGCCAUUCUAUUAGACUUUUCCUAGCCUUCAAUUUCUGACCUCUUAAUGUUUUAGGCCAGUGCUUGCCAAGUGCUCGACAGGUCUCUCGCCAAGACGUUUGCUCUAACCCCCCUCGAUCAACAAAAGCAAAAAACAGCCCCCCUUCCCUGGUCAGCAAAAUAUACCAUCGCAAUUUGGUUGCUCGCUACAGUAUAAUAAUCUUUAUCCAAGGGAAGAAAGUUCAGGUCCAGAAAGUAUAAAUCCAGACUAAGAUUUUGUUUUAACCAGCCAGUUGAGGACUCUGAGAAUGUGACUCUUUAUACUCAACUUAUAGGUUGAAACGAAAUCUUGGUCUAGAAUUGUACUUUCUGGACUGGAAUGUUUCACCUCUACCUUUAUCUUUGUAAAAGUAGCUUUUGCUGUAAAAAAAGGUAGGAGACCACUGCACUAGUCAGUAGCCUGGUAAGUGCAUUAACCAGGCUGAAAAUAAACAGUGUUGUCGAACGUAAUCUUAGAAGCCAUGGUGCAGGAAUGCAGGGUACAUUUGGAGGGUGUGGUGAGUCUCUAACCAGUGAGUCGUCUGUUAAAUCCUAACAUUUUUCAUGAAACCUCGUUGAAUACUGAGUCACUCAAUGUGCUUGACAUUUUCAUUUUGUCAGGCUCCUGGUCUCAUACAAAAUACCUGUGAGCUUGACGUCUAUAAAUAACUGUGGUGAUUUGCUGAGAUAAGACAGGUGGAGCAGCGAUCCUUCCUGAGAACAGGUGCAUUCGCUGAACAGGAGCCCGGACCCUGCAGAGUUUGGACACACACAGGCAGAGCCCUCGCACCUGUGGAAAAAGGACAUAUGGCGUCCCUGCAGGACAUGUCCUUCCUCUCUCUCUGCUGAUUGAUUACCAGCUCAACCCACCCCAAAAAACCAGCAGCCUUCUUCCUCCCCAUAUUAAAGAAAUAAAAAGCAUGGUUCAUAUAGGGCUAGCAAGCGUUUUUCUUAUUUCAAUUAUAUAUGACGAUGCAUGAUUUAUUUAUAUGUUCACUACAAAUCAGUGUUUUUUCUUGUAUGAUUAUGGCCACAUUUAUACAAAUAAACACAUUUGACAUGUAAGGCACGGAAGGUAAAAGCCUAUAGAAGAAACAUUUUCUGCUUUUACAUAAACUGUACAUUUUACCAUAUGUGAUAAUAUAUGGCUUUAGUAGGAAAUACAUGCUUAUUGUUCGCUGUUUCUGAAUAAAAAUUAUAUUGCGUUUUUAUGAUGAUCUGUCUGCAUUCAGUUGGUUUAAUUAGACAUGAGAAAAUUCAUGUUAUGUUCACAGAACACAAAGUGAACAGAUCAACUGAAAAAGGAUGUUUCCUUUCCAAAAUACUCAUUCUUCUUGUGGAACCACAGUCCAUGAUUCAACUGAGUUCAUUCAAAGAAUUAUGCAUAAAAACUAAUAUUGACAAAACAUUCAUUUAAUAUGCAUUGUAUAUAAAUGUAGAAUGAACUUACAUGUUUGACAAAACAUUAAUAUGUAUUUUACAUUAAUAAAUAUAUGGCUAAUGACACAUACAUUUAAUUAAUAUGGAUUGUACAUUAAUGCAGGACUUACAUGUUGGAUGGUACAUAAAUUCCAUAUGUAUUUUACAUCAAUAAAAAAUGUCUGAUGACACAUUAAGUUAA